AUCUAUCUAUUACUCUUAUUUAUCUUCUUUUUCUUCCAUCCCCUACGCUCUCUCGUCCUCCACCUACAACAACGUCACUAUAAAUCACCACCACCGUCCAUCCACAAAGUGGCUGACUAGCCAAAAGAAAAUGCCAAGAAUUCUACAAAAGAAAUUCUACCAUUUCCUCCCUAGUUUCAAAUGCCUUCCCACAAUUUUGUCUCUCCCUUUUGAAGAAACAGAGGAAGAAAAAACAGAGCAAAAAAAAACUAUGAAAAACUUCAACUCUGUUUUCGACAUUCCCAGCUCUGAUUCCACUACCACUUCUAAAUCUUUCACUAAUUCCUCCAUAGCAACUACAGAAGAAGAAGAAGAUAAUAAUAAUAACAAUAAUAACAUUUUCAGUUCUUUCGAAGAUUCAGAUUAUACUGAUUCCAAUAAUAUUCCAGAUUUCUCAGAUAUCUUCGCUUCUCAACGAUUCUUCUUCUCUUCCCCUGGAAACUCCAACUCCAUAAUCGAUUUUUCGAUGAAUAACCAUUCAGCGGAAAAUCCCAAAGAAGUUGUCACGGGCGGCGUUGCCGUACAGACGUAUUCGCCCGACCCGUAUUCGGAUUUCCGAAGGUCAAUGGAAGAAAUGGUGGAAGCUCAUGAGUUGACGAACGUGAAAGCUAAUUGGGAAUUUUUGCAUGAACUUCUAUUAUGUUAUUUGAAUCUUAACCCGAAACAUACUCAUAAGUAUAUUAUUGGUGCUUAUUCGGAUCUUGUUGUUUCUCUUAUGACUUUUGAGGAUUCAGGGAAAAAAGACGGAAGGUUCGUGUGAACAGACAACUAUCAUACUGUAAAAGUUUGAUGGAUUUGAGUUGUA